UAAGGGGAAGAAACCAAGCGCAAGGCGGCGUCCACUGCUCCCCUUCGUGUUCCGUGUUCCAACUCCGGCGACUCCACCACCACCCGUCGUCCGAGCAGCCAGUCCACUCCGGCCACCGCGAUGUCGAGGCGCGGCGAUUGGGUCUACGAGAACAACGGCGGGACCUGCGUGGCCAUCGCCGGCGCUGAUUACUGCGUCGUCGCAGCCGACACCCGCCUCUCCGUCGGAUACAGCAUCCUCACGCGCGACCACUCCAAGAUCUGCGACCUGGCUGACAAAUGUGUACUAGCAUCUUCUGGCUUUCAAGGUGAUAUUAAGGCUCUGCACAAGAACCUAGCUGCCAGAGAAUUGCUAUACCAACACCAGCACAAUAAAAGGAUGAGCUGUCCUGCCAUGGCACAGCUGCUCUCCAAUACCCUGUACUACAAGCGGUUCUUCCCGUAUUAUGCCUUCAAUGUGCUUGGUGGGCUUGACAGUGAGGGGAAAGGAUGCGUGUUCACCUAUGAUGCUGUUGGUUCCUAUGAGAGGACUGGUUACAGUGCUCAGGGAACAGGAUCUUCUUUGAUCAUGCCAGUCUUGGACAAUCAACUUAAAUCACCUAGCCCUUUAUUACUCCCUGCCAGAGAUGCUGUCACGCCUUUGUCGGAAUCAGAGGCCAUUGAUCUAGUCAAGGAUGUAUUUGCAUCUGCAACUGAGAGAGACAUCUACACUGGAGACAAGUUGGAAAUCGUAGUCAUUAACAAAGCUGGGACCAAGCGUGAGUACAUUGAGCUGAGGAAGGACUAAAGCUGUUACUUGUGCUGCAGCUGCCAUUUGCUUCCAACGUGUUCCCUGGACGUGGGAUGUAUUGCCUAAAGCUGUCGCUUCAUAGAAACACUCGUGUUUGCUUGCAUCUGUGCUGUACCAGGAUUCAGUGAGCUUUUUUUUUUUGUUUGUUGAAACAAAUUGCUUUGAUGCUGAAGUGAUAUUUAUUGGCAGAAAGGCUACGAUGUUUGGGAGCACCACAUGAAUAGCUUGAUCCGAAAUGUAAGAUGUCUUCUUCUCGAUAGAGAAAAGGACAGAAAUGCCUAGAAAAUUCUUGUAGCAAGAGUUGAUGGUAGACUCCACAAAGAUCAAGUUAACCUGCA